AUUUCCUCUCCAAAGCUCUUCCCGGUGACCCCGGCACCUUUCUCUCUCUAAUUGAGCUUCAGACCUCUCCCGGCUCCUCCUCAGUGAAAAUCCCGAAUACCCUUCCACUUCCGCGUGGAAAAAGCAAGGUCAUCCCCCUCCUUCCACCUCCGUGUCCAGCUCUUGUCGCUUUUGGGGACGUUUGGCGCGCUGUCACAGCGCGCCGAGCGGGACUUGGGGGUCGCGUGGGGCCGCGCUGUGGUUCCCCUGGAAUUGUACUGUGGGCCUCUUCGAGUCUGGUGUCGCCCCUUGUCUCCCAUGCUCAGUGAGUGAAGGGAAUGUGGAGGAGACCUAGUUCUAUAAAAGGUUGAAUAAAUUGUGUAAGGUAAAGCUCAAGCUAUAGUGUCCCAGUGGUUCUGCCACUUUCUAGGCUGAGUGACAUAAUUACUUCCUAAACCUCAGUUUUCUCAUCCGUAACGUGGAUAAACAUUACCUCAGGGUUUUGGAGAUUAAAGAAAAUGUAGGGAAAGCGUUUGACAUUGUUCUAGCUCUUAGUAAAUGAUCGUCGCUUGUGGUGGUUUUGCCUUAGAGAGUUUAGAAGGAGUUAGAGCUGUGCAGUGGGGAAAAUUACACUAUCGUGGCAGUGGGCCCCUCUCAGAAAGCGGCUUGAACGUCUACUAGGCCACUCUCCUCCACCAAUUGUUCAGGUGUAAAAUAAAGAUGGUAAUUCCAACGUGAAAAGUUAAGAAAAUUAAAUGAUAUGAUAUUAAUGUGCUUUGAAAAAAUUCCUGGUGUCAUGAGAUAGUGGUGUUAGGCCCUCCACGGGCUUGCUAGCAUGGAGUUGGUAUCAGAACCAGAGGGUUCACAUCCAAACUUCCCCACUUCCUAGCUGUGUGAUUUGGAGUAAUCUUUCUGAGGCUGUUUCCUCCUCUGUGGAGUUGGGGUAAUGAUAGCCCCUACACAGUAGGGACUAAAUGAGGUCCUGAUGCCUGACGUUAGCACUGGGCUUUAGUCAGAAUUAGCUGUUGAUACAAGUACACCAUAGCUCAGGAGGCUGUGGCUCGGGACUUGUGUGGUUAGGUCAUCUCUGAGCAGAACUAGGGGUCAAGAGCAUGCGCUCUAGAUUCACACUGCCAGGUUCAGAUAUUGGCUCAGUGACUAGCUAACCACGUGACCUUGGGAAAGUUACUUAAUCUCUUUGGGCUUUGGCUUUCCCGCAGUAAAAUGGGGAUUAUAGAAGUUCCUACCUAAUAAGGUUGUUGAGAGAAUGAUAUGAAUUCACACGUAAAAGGCUCUUAGAAGUGCCUGGCAAAUAUUGAAUGCUUGAUAAAUGUGAAUUGUUAUUUUGUUGUUAUAUGAAGAGUUGUUAUGGGGAAGAAAGUGGAAUUAACUUUAUUCUGUUCUAAUAAAAGGAACAUGGAAGCAGGUUUUACAUUCUUUCAACAACAUUCAACAGUUAUUUUUUGAGCCCCUAUUAUGUCCCAGGGCCUUGGAAAUAUAGCAAUGAAUAAAACACAGUCCCUGCCUCAGGAAGCUUACAUUACCCUAAAAUGAUCCCACUGGAAUGUACCAGCAGAGGCUGAACAUCCCUGUUGGAGGGAGAUUCAGCUUGCAGGGACUUUCCAGCUUAGCCUCUUGACUUCAUGGAAUUCAAUGGCUCAUCACCUUAGUCUCUAGGAAGCUUUGCUGGCUAAAACUAAGGCCAGUCAGGUCAGCACCUCAUCUGUGGGUACUUUCCCAAAGCGGGUGAAAAUUGUGGAAGUCGGUCCCCGAGAUGGACUACAAAAUGAAAAGAAUAUCGUACCUACCCCUGUGAAAAUCAAGCUGAUAGACAUGCUUUCGGAAGCCGGACUUCCCGUUAUAGAAGCCACCAGCUUUGUGUCCCCUAAGUGGGUUCCCCAGAUGGCUGACCACACUGAAGUCUUGAAGGGCAUCCAGAAAUUUCCUGGCAUCAACUACCCAGUCCUGACCCCAAAUUUCAAAGGCUUCCAGGCAGCGGUUGCUGCAGGAGCCAAGGAAGUGAGCAUCUUUGGAGCUGCCUCGGAGCUCUUCACCAAGAAGAACAUCAACUGCUCCAUUGACGAGAGUGUGCGGCGGUUCGGCGACAUCCUGCAGGCAGCUCGGGCAACCAGCAUCCCUGUGCGGGGGUAUGUCUCCUGUGUGCUUGGAUGCCCCUAUGAAGGGAAGAUCUCCCCGGCCAAAGUAGCUGAGGUUGCCAAGAAGAUGUACUCAAUGGGCUGCUAUGAGAUCUCCCUGGGGGACACCAUCGGCGUGGGCACCCCUGGGGGCAUGAAGGAUAUGCUGUCUGCUGUCAUGUACGAGGUGCCAGUGGCUGCCCUGGCUGUCCACUGCCAUGACACCUAUGGCCAGGCCCUGGCCAACACCUUGAUGGCCCUGCAGAUGGGAGUGAGUGUCGUGGACUCUUCUGUGGCAGGACUUGGAGGCUGUCCCUAUGCACAGGGGGCAUCGGGAAACUUGGCUACGGAGGACCUCGUCUACAUGCUAGCCGGCUUGGGCAUUCACACGGGUGUGAACCUCCAGAAGCUCCUGGAAGCUGGGACCUUUAUCUGUCAAGCCCUGAACAGAAAAACCAGCUCUAAAGUGGCUCAGGCUACCUGUAAACUGUGAGUCCCCUGCCCACCCGAAGCCCUGGGGACUGUGUGGGACUAGGGGCAUGGAUGAUGCACCAAUGAGUACGUGGAAAUGGAAAUGAAAUUCACAGGAGGCGGCACCUCACCACCAGCCCUGCACAUAGGUCUGUCCUGGCAGAAAGGAGGCGACGGACAGGAGCUGCUUGGCUUCAGGCCCUCCCUGCCUGACCUGAGCAUGAGGGAGAGGCUUUGGGGGCUAGAGGUCUCCUUUCACCACGGACUCAGCAGUCAGGAGCUGAAUGCCUGAGGGCACUUGGGAACCCAAUUCCCCGGCUUGGGUUGAUCCUCAAGUCUCAUCUCUGAUGAAAUCUGCCAGUGGCUCCUCUACACAGCUGGGCCCUGCCGUAGCCUUGGGGCCAUUGCUCUCUGAUGUCACAGGGCAAAGGGCAGGAGUUUCUCCCCAGGCUGGCAGAGGGCAUUUGCUGAAGGGGUGAGGGCUGAGCUGCUGUGCUGGCCACCUGCCAACUCCAGCACUUCUGGAAAAUCUCCACUCUAAUGGUGAUUUUUGAAAACAGUUUAUGUAAUUAAGGUUUAAUGACCCAGAACCAUUCCAGUAUGCUGUUGUGCAGAUGUGUGUAUAUAU